AAAAGCGUCAGAUGAACUCCUGAUGGAGGAGACCAAAAAGUUGAUUUCCACCCUGGAAAAUGUACAGCUUCAGGUGUGGUCGCAGAAACCCCCCCGGCGUCGGCAGGCUGUAGUUCUGAUGGGUCGACACCUGGUCUCAGACAAUGAGGUCCAGCUGUACCAGCAGGUUCUGCAGCAAAUGGACUACCAGGUCCAGAUGUCCAGAUAUGCCGACGCCAGCAGCAUCCUCCGAACAAACCAGGGUGUGAGUGGGUGGAGCCUGUUGCUGUGUCUCAGUAGUGCAGAGAGUAGCUGUCUGAGGAGAGUCUCCUCCUCCCACUUGCAGCACCAUCAAAUGGUGAACCUGAUUCCUGGACUGCUCAAGGCGUUCUCUGAUGCAGGUGGAGGUCUCUGUCACUUCUUCAUGCACUUACACCUGACAGGAUCAGAUUUACCCAUGAAGCCACACUCCUGUGGAUCCACCAAUCAGAAGCUCCAGAUUCCUCAGGACAGUCAGUCACUUGUCGGAGCCUCGCCUCCUAGCCUGGUUGCCAUGGUGAAUGUUUACAUCCUGGUGACCUCGGUCAGACCACUGACAUCAUUCCUGCAUGACACCAGUGUGGUGACGACCAGUCGGGAGCUAAGGGGGCAACUCAUAAAGCUCAGGAACUUCCUGUUGCAGCAGCUUGGACCAACAAACUCCCAUCAGGCUUUGGGGCAGGUGAAGAAGGUGAUAGGUGAGGUGCUGCAGGUAGCAGCGUCUACCGAUGAGAAGCAGCAAACUCUGAACAGGUGUGUGUCGUGUUACCAGCUGCUCACCUUCACUCUGCUGUUCAGUGGCUCUAUCACACCUGUCGUAAUCCAGGUCGACACCGAUGUAACAUUUUCUUCUCUGAGUGAGGACACUUUUGACCGAGAGAUCACCAGAGACCUGGUCCUGGAGGACGUGCUUCGCUUCAUGUUGACAUCACACGCUCACUUGUCCACAAGGACAGGGGGGAGGCAGUACGGUGGCUGUAGAGGGAUACAUGCUGUCUGUGUGUCAGACGAGGAGUUUCUUCUUCUGCUUCAGUUUCAGCACCAGAUGAACAUGCCUUCAGCUUUUCAAUUGUUGUAUCCCAGCACCUCCUCCUCCGGUCCUCCAAGCGUCUCUGACUUCCUGGUCCAGAUCAGUCGUUUCUACGAUCUCCAGAGAAACGGCAGUGACAGAGCUGAUGAGACAGCAUCUUCCUCACAGCACGGAGCUGAAGUCAGAAGUUCCUGUGUGGACCCACACCUCAGACAGAUCUACACCAGCCCGCCUCUCUCCCUGACUCCCCCCUUCCGUCCAUGGGUGAAGGAGUACCGUGCUGAGAUGACCUUUGAGACAGUGAUGAUUCGAAUCCGGCCAGAGCCCAUCAACUCAGCCUGCAGGGUCCACCUGGAUGAGCACCGAGGUCCAAGGAUGGCAAACUACCCAGUCAGCCUUGGCAACAGCAGGAUUAGCAUCCUAGUGACGGAUGACACCGAACCGGAGCCUGUCCUCCUGACAAUCUACACCAUCCACGUGUCCCGAGAGAGCCGGCCCAGUCUGCCCAUGUUUGGAUAUCAUGUGACCUGCAGUUUUGUGCAGGACUGUGGUCUGCUGGUUCAGCCUGGUCAACCCUGUGGUCUUCAGCCCUUCAGCCGGUCUCAGGGUCCACUUCAGAUUUGUGGCUCAGGACACGUGCCAGGUCGAUGGGUGGUUCCUUGUCUCAGCUGUUCUGACAACAGGACCUGUGAUUGGAGGGAGGUUGCCUGGCAACCAGAUGACUGUUACCACCAGUUAGUGGACCGCCCCCUGCUGCAGGACUGUAUGACGGACAGGAAGGUGUUGUUUAUCGGCGACUCAACCAAUCGUGGAAUGAUGUACUUUCUCAUGGAGCGGGUGAACUCCAGUCUGGAAGACUGGGGCAAAGCUCACGACACACUGGUCUACAAAAACCUGAACAGGGGCCGGACUCUGGUCGCCUACUCAUACUAUCCUCAGUUCUGGUUGGAAAAGGAUCAGCGGCCGACAUUCAGACAGGCACUUCUGCAGCUGCUACACAGGUCACAACCCCUGGAGAACUCUAACCUGACAGUGUUAGUGGUGGGAGGAGUCCAGUGGCUCAACACCAACCACCUGAAGACAGUCAGAGAGGUGCUGGAUAGGGAAUCUCUCAGUAACAUCCUGGUGGUGGUGAAAUCUUUGGGGAUGGGUUUCCAUCUUCCUGUAGAUGGGAUCAAGUCUCUCAGUCUGAGAGAGGUACAGGAUCUGUACAGAAAGAACAAUAACAUAAUUACCACAGCAAAGCAUCAUGGAUAUGAGGUGAUUGACACAUUCAACAUCACGAUGGGUCGAUAUAAAGAGUUCCUGCAGGGACGAUGUGCCUGCCACUUUCACGAGGUGGAGAAAUAUUGGUCCUCCAGGUCUCCAGACAACAAACCAUUCACCACCAACAGAACCAGAUCUACCAGACCUGGACUAGGACUCAGCAGCCACUCAGCUGUGCAGGACACAGACCAGGAGACAAGGUCUAGUCCCCCAGCCUAUCACGUGAGAGGACCAGUGAACCAGGUGUACUCAGAGAUCCUGCUGAGCCGCCUGUGUCACAGAACCAGAAACUAAACACCUGAGUGUGUGAGGCAGUGACAGAUGUUUAUUGUGCCUUUAUCUCUGAACAUGUUUACAUUCUGGAAAAUGGAAUAUAUGAAUGUUAUAAUUCUGUUUCCUGUUCAAAGUAUGAAAACAUUUACUAAAAAGCAGACUCAAACACAAUCGUCAGUAACAACAAUAACUGUGAAGACAUGAGAUGUUUUUGUCACACUCUCCAUUGCACCUCUGUCCCGUUUGCUCCGUGAACGUCUAACGUUCAUCUUACUUUAGAAUAUUUUUGACUCGAAACCUGUUUAAAGAGUGUAUACUGUGCCUGUACAUGUUAGUAAACCCUCACUAAGGUUAAGUUAACUUGCUUGUCUUAUUUUUGUCUUUGAACUCACUCACCUAAGUC